AUGUGGACUUGUGCAGUUCCAAUCGGAAUUAUUUUUUCGAGAUAUUUUAAAUGAUGGGGUCCGUGGUAUUUAAUUAUUCAUUUUUUAUUGAUGGCUGCUACUAUUGGAUUGACUAUGUGAAGUGCAAGCAAAAGAUACCAAGAUGAGGAGGCGAUAUUGCCAAUGGAUGAUCAAGAUAAUCAAGCUCAUAUGGUGAUCGGGCUUAUUAUCCUAUCUUUAGUUGUAGGAGAAGGGGUUUUGGGGCUUGCAGCAUUUUUUUCGAAAAUUUUUUCCAAACAAUUGCUUCCUAUUUCUUAUGCAAGGAAAUUGCAUCAGGUGGUCGGAUGGGGAUUGUUGAUUUCUGCCCUUGUAAAUAAUAAAUUUGGCUGGGAAUUAUAUGAUGAUAGCCAAAAUAAAACAUAUAUUGGCUUUAUGUUUGCGGUAAUUGGACCAAUUUUACUUUUUGAAUUUAGACAUCAGAUUAGCCCUUAUUGAAGAUUUUUAUCCUUUUAUUUUAGAAGAAAUAAACAAUUAUCUCAUAUUGAAGCUAUAGAGAAAAUUAGCAAAGAAGACAGAGAAUAUGUAUUUCUUGAAGAACUAGUAUUAGAUAUUACUUGGUUCAAAUAUGAUCAUCCAGGAGGCUAUAAUAUGCUAAAAAAUGUUAUUGGAGAAGAUGUAGGAAAAUACAUGAUAGGCUGCAGUAGCCAAAAAAACUACAACCCUUAUACCCAUACAAUCCAAGCCUUAGAAAUGGCUGGCCAUUUAUCUAUUGCCACUAUUCCCUACCCAAAAAAUUUUUUAAUCAGCACAAACAAAUCCAACCAAAAUUUAAUGACCUGAAAAAUUAUUGAAAAAAAUCAAAUUAAUGAAAACCAUUUUAUUAUCACAAUGACUUCAGAUGAAUUUGAAAUGAACGAAAAUUGAGAAAAAGCAGAAUGGCUUGGAAAACACUUUAAAUUGAUGAUGCCUCUAUCAUUUUCUAAUGUUUUUGAUAAAAGAAAAAAUAUUUCUCGAUAUUACAGCUGUUUUUUUGUAAAUUUAGACAAAUGAAGACAAGAAAUUCUUGCUGAAGGUUAUGAGGUUAGUGAGCCUAUAAAUAAAGAGAAAAAAGGCUUGAAAUUUAUUUUUAAGGUAUAUCCACUUGGGGUUGUUAGUAACUAUUUGAAUAAUUUACUUAUAAACGAUACUAUAUUAUUAAAAGGACCUUUAGGACCUGGACUAGGGAUUGAUAAUUUAUCUGGCAGCUUUCUUGCCGUUGCAGGGGGCACUGGAUUAAUUCCAUUUUUAGAUUUAGUGCGUUAUUUAUGGGUAAAUAGGGAAAAUCCUCAUGAAUUUAAAUUAAUGCUUUAUGUUUCCUUUGGGUCCCGAAAAGAUGCGUUUGCGAUUGAUUUAUUAAAAGCUACAGAGCAGGUAAUUGAUGAAAAUAUAUUUAAGCUUAUAUUAAUUUUUACCAGUGAAAAGGGAAAUCAAAAUAUACCAGAGAUUAUGGUGAAGCUUGGGAAAAAUAACCCAAAAAGAGCUUGGAUAUGUGGACCGUCAGGGUUUAAUAGGUUUGUAGAAGCAAAUUUAUUGGAAUCUGGGCUGGACAGAAAAAGAAUAGUAAUAAUGUAG